UGGGGGAAGGAUUUUUAGAAUUUGCUUUUUGGAGCAGGUAAAUUCCUGCAGAGUCAGAAUGUCCAAACCCUCUCGCUUGGCUCGACCUUUACCAGCUAAUACGGCUCCUAAAUCACCUUUGUCUCGGAAAGAAGAUUUUAACAGCCGGUCGCGAAAAAUUAGUUUAGGUGAAAAGAUUUUGAGAGCUGGCAGUGAAGGAAACCUGGUUAAACAGCAUCAGCAAGAGCAGGUGGAAAUCACAGAAGUGCUUGUGCCACGGAGAGCUCCUUUUCUGAAAGACCAGGGGAAACACAGUUUGCAUGUAACAUCACUAGAUGAUGCAGAAUGUCUCCGAUCUAAGGAGCAGCUUUCGACUCCGAACAGUCACACUCCUAACUCCAAGUCCACCCGCAACAUCCCUCGAAGACAUACAGUAGGUGGCCCUCGCAGUUCCAAAGAAAUACUGGGAAUGCAAACUUCGGAAAUGGACAGAAAGAGAGAGGCUUUUCUUGAGCAUCUGAAACAGAAAUAUCCCCAUCAUGCGACAGCAAUAAUGGGACACCAGGAGAGACUGAGAGAUCAGGUUUUGCAGUGCAUGUUGGUCUCCCUUCAUUCAGAACUUGACAUUCAAAGGUACUUGAUGAAAAUUGAAUCCUCUCAGAGAACAAGAAGCCCAAAGCCGUCUCAGAGCCCACAGCACAAUUUGGGUGACCAGACAGAGCAUCUAUCUGAAGCGUCUGCCGAUUCCUUAGAGGCCAUGUCUGAGGGUGAUUCUCCGACUCCCUUUUCGCGGGGCAGCCGCACGCGGGCGAGCCUUCCUGUCGUGCGGUCAGCAAACCAAACCAAGGAGAGAUCACUGGGUGUUUUAUAUCUUCAGUAUGGAGAUGAAACAAAGCAGUUGAGGAUGCCAAAUGAAAUCACAAGCACAGACACAAUUCGUGCCCUUUUUGUAAGUGCCUUCCCCCAGCAGCUGACAAUGAAAAUGCUGGAAUCGCCCAGUGUGGCCAUUUACAUCAAGGAUGAGAGCAGAAACAUAUACUAUGAAUUGUGUGAUGUGAGGAAUAUUCAAGACCGGUCCUUCCUUAAAGUUUACAACAAAGAUCCUGCACACGCAUUUAAUCACGCUUCCAGAGCUGUAAAUGGAGAUAUAAGGAUGCAGAGAGAAGUUGCUUAUACAGGCCGAGACGGCCCAAGCGCUUCCCGCCCCGGAUCUGCCACACACCCUUCACAUGCGAUGCCCAGCUCACCACCCUCCACCCCGGUGCCCCACUCCAUGCCUCCCUCUCCGUCCAGGAUCCCCUAUGGAGGAGGACGGCCCAUGGGUGUGCCAGGCAACGCCACCAUCCCCAGGGACCGGCUCUCCAGCGUGCCGGCAUCGCGCUCCAUAUCGCCCAGCCCAAGCGCCAUUCUGGAGAGGCGGGACGUGAAGCCAGAUGAGGACAUGAGUAACAAAAACCUUGCCCUGAUCCGAAAUGAAGGUCUGUACGGGGACCCCUACUUGUUUCAUGAGGGGAGGAUGAGUGUGGCUGCACCCCACACCGGACACCCCCUCGAUGUCCCCGAUCACAUUGUAGCCUACCAUCGCAGUGCCAUGAGGUCAUCAAGCACUUACUGUAACCCCUCUAUGCCGCCUGAAAUGCUGGAGCAGUCCUUGUACAGACAAAAGCCACGAAAGUACCCGGAGAGCCAUUUGCCCACGCUCAGCUCUAAAACGCCUCCCGCGUCCCCCCACCGGGUGGCUGACAUGCGCAUGAUCGAUAUCCAUCCUCACCAUAGCGCCCACGUUCCCCCCCACACCAUCCAGCCUGACAGGUCUUCCCCCAGCCGCCAGUCCUUCAAAAAGGAGCCAGGACCGCCUGUGUUUGUGGACGCCAAAGUGCGGAGCACCCUCGGCCUCCCAGGCAUGGCUGAGGUGGUGCCGUCUCCCGUUGACAAACAGGCUUUCGGCUAUGGGUCACCUGCGAUGCCCAAGGACAAGGAGACAAGUGAGAAGAUGAUGUUGAAAAUUGUGUCCAGCAAGAGCAGCAUUGACACUACAGGCGCUGCUAAUUUAUCUGGGGGAAAGAACACAUUGGCAACAGUGGAGUCAGCUGUCAUCCAUCACCCUGCCGGAGCCUCGUCGAUGCAAGUAAGCCUGCAUGGUAUGAAACGCAACGUGUCAGAUCUGCGGCUGCAGCUGCAUCAGAUGAAGCAACUACAGCUGCAGAACCAGGAGAUGCUGAGGGCAAUGGUGAAGAAAGCAGAGCUGGAAAUCAAUGGCAAAAUGAUUGAAACAGUGAAGAGGCUUGAAGAUCCUGUGCAACGACAGCGCAACCUGGUGGAACAAGAAAGGCAGAAAUACCUCAACGAGGAAGAGAGGAUUGUAAAGAAAUUAUGUGAGCUGGAGGGAUUUGUUGAGGACCUGAAGAGAGACUCCACUGCUUCCAACAAGACAGUGACACUGAAAGAUGUUGAAGACGGAGCCUUUCUUUUGAGGCAAGUGGGAGAAGCUGUUGCCACCCUUAAAGGAGAGUUCCCGACGUUGCAGAAUAAAAUGCGUGCAAUCCUCCGCAUUGAGGUAGAAGCCGUGAGGUUCCUAAAGGAAGAGCCACACAAGCUAGACAGCUUAUUGAAACGUGUGCGCAGCAUGACAGAUAUCCUUACAAUGCUCAGGAGACAUGUUACAGAAGGACUGCUGAGGGGUGUGGAUCCCUCCCAAGCUGUGCAAUACUCCACUAUGGAAAAGGCCACUGCACAUGAAGCUCUGAAAAACCAGGAGGAGCCCAAGCAUACCCAGGGACACGCACAGCAAAACCUCACAGCAGUCACCUCAGAGUCCCAGGUAUCUUCAGUCAAGUCAGAAGUCGUCCCCUUCUCAACAAUGACGGUCCAUCACGUGCAGAGCUCUCCUGUUGUCAUCCAUCAGUCUCAACACUCAUCAGCCCUGGUCAACCAUGCCCAGGGCUCACCUGCUGCACCCAGCCACAGUGAAGGUCUGCCAGUGAGUGGCCACUUCUCGGCCACCCCACCGCCCCCCCCCCAGGAACCAGCAAUAGGAUCCCAGCCCACACAAGGCAUGCCAUCACCACAGGUCAAUGGCAACACCAUGCAAAGUCUUUUCAUUGAGGAAAUUCACAGUGCAAGUACCAGAAACAGAGCUGUAUCAAUUGAGAAAGCAGAAAAGAAAUGGGAAGAGAAGAGACAAAACCUGGAUCACUAUAAUGGAAAGGAAUUUGAAAAGCUCUUGGAAGAGGCCCAGGCCAACAUAAUGAAGUCAAUUCCCAACUUGGAGAUGCCUCCCCAGCCAGCAGUCCUCCCUAAAGAGGAUACAGUGGAAAAAACUGAAGUCUCAGAAGAUGUUCCUGACGCAGACCAGGAUAGCGAUAAGCUGACCAAGUCCCCGCCUCCUCCGCCUCCACGCCGCAGUUACCUGCCGGGGUCGGGACUGACCACAACGAGAUCAGGAGAGGUCAUCUAUGCAGCCAGGAAAGAGGCUGCUGCUGUCAAGGAAUGCAGUGAAGAUGCUGGGCAAGUAGCACAAUCCAAAACCCCUAAAGAGGAUCAGACAUUGUCUCGGAACACAGGGCUUGCUGUAGCAUCUGCUGUAAAAGAUGAAGAGGAAGAGGAAGGAGAUAAAAUAAUGGCAGAAUUACAGGCUUUCCAGAAGUGCUCUUUUAUGGAUGUAAACUCAAACAGUCAUGCUGAGCAGUCCAGAAAUGAUACACAUGUUAAAGACAUAAGGCCUGGGACUUUAAUGCAUCACAAGGAAAAGAAGGUGUAUGGGGCUACAACAGGAUCUCCCACAGAUAGUGACCAUCCUAAAGAGAAGAGGGAAGGGAAAACUGACGAAGAAUUGGGUUCUGAUUCAUCCAGCACAGAUGACAGUAAAAUUGGCUUUUCAAUGAAUGACAGUCCUACCUUUAGCAAGGGUUUGUUUGUAGACAGUAGAGACUAUUCUAAGAAAAACCUCCAGAGUACGAGCACAAACCUGUCUGGCAUCACUUUGCCAGAGGACGAAAAACGAAGAGGGGCUCAAGAUAUUUUAGGAUCCCAUUUUCCAGCUGUUGAUCCAGGAAAACAAAACCUGAGCUACGGACUCUCACGAGACACUUGCCACAGCCUGCCGCAGGGCGAAGCCCCGCAGAGCACGGGCAGGCGCGUCCCCGUCAGCAGCGUUGCUCCUCUGCCGAGGCACCCGCCAGAGGCUGUGGGAUCCCCCCCUUCUUCACAGGAGCAAGAAGCCCCCGCAGCCACCAACAGUCAGGUUGUGCUGAGACCCAGGGUGGUGAGAAGUAACAGCACUGAAGAGAUGGAUUCUCCAGCUAGCUCUCCGAGCGAGGACAGCCCUCCUCCCGAAAACAUCGCCUUCAUGAUCACCAAAACCGCCGUCCAGGUCCUCUCAAGUGGGGAGGUCCACGACAUCGUCAGCCGGAAGGGUGGCGAUGUGCAGACGGUCAACAUCGAUGCGAGGAAGGACGUGGCAUCGGAGAAGGGUGUCCCAGAGAACACAGAAGGCGAGGAGCCGGUAGUCUGCCUGGACAAAAAGCCCGUCAUCAUCAUUUUUGAUGAGCCGAUGGAUAUCAGGUCAGCCUAUAAGCGGCUCUCUACGAUUUUCGAGGAGUGCGACGAGGAGCUGGAGAAAAUGAUGACCGAGGAGAAGAUAGAAGAGGAAGAGGAGGAGGAAGAAAAUGAAGUGCGUGGCAUUCCUAAGAGCCAGAAGGAAGGGCCGCCGGUACUUAAUGACAGAAAAGCUAUUGCAGAGUAUUCGGCAGCUCACGGCCUCAGCGAGCAGUACGUGUUCAGCCUGCAGCCCUCCUCUGAUGCUGCAGACACCAGGUCUCCCGCAGAGCAGGAGAGCACAAAGACAAGUUUCAGCAAAUACAGUCAGAUAUAUGGGCUGCACACCGAAGCAAACUCAGACUCUGCUGAUCAGUUUGGGAGCAGGCAGGAUUCCAAGAAAAAAUUUAAGUUCAAAUUCCCUAAAAAGCAGCUGGCUGCUCUGACGCAGGCAAUACGCACGGGAACCAAGACAGGGAAGAAGACCUUGCAGGUGGUGGUUUAUGAAGAGGAGGAGGAAGACGGGACCCUUAAGCAGCACAAAGAAGCCAAGAGGUUUGAAAUCACCAGGUCUCAGCCUGAGGACACCGACAGAAGUCCUUCAGGGAAGCAGGAGGCCCCCCCCGGCGCUGCAGUGCCCCUGUCUAGGACUGACGAAAUUCGGCAGAACACGUACCGAACGCUAGACAGCCUUGAGCAGACCAUAAAGCAGCUGGAAAACACCAUCAGUGAAAUGAGCCCCAAACCUAUCCCUGAAAGCACACACAGCUCUGAGGGCAGCACUGUCCCCUUCUCUGCCCAGAUAGUACCAGAGACCCCGCCCCGAGAGCUUGUAGUGCUGGAUGAGAGCCAUGCUGCUGUAGAGCCCCCUGCGCCCACCCCAGCCACUGCACGUAAGGGCCCCGGCGCCGCCCCGCAGACGAGCAGGAUGCCGGUCCCCAUGGCGUCGAAAAGUAGGCAAGGAAGCACGGAGAAAGCAGGCAAACAGCACAAGCUGCAGGACCCGCGCCAGUACAGACAGGCUAAUGGAAGUGCUAAGAAAGCUGGUGGGGACUAUAAGGCUACUUCCCCCACCCUACCUGCUUCUAAGAUCCCCGCCUUUUCUCCCGCUUCUGGGAAAAACAGCUCUGCCCCUGCUCCUAGCGGUGACGGCCCGAACCCUCCCAACCCCCCCGCUAAAUCAUCCCUGCCCUCCUCUAACCUCCUCAGCCCCCCGGCCGGGCGCAUAACGUACUCCACCUCCCUCAUCCCCUCCGUGGCUAACGGCUCCUCCAAGCUCCAGAGCCCCGCUCACGCAGGGAAAGGCCACCAGCUCUCCUUCUCGCUGCAGACCCAAAACGGCCGGCCCGGCCGGCUUCCCCCCCCCCCCCCCCCCCCCUCCUCUACCUCCCCCACCUCACUGACCCAAGGUGUGAAGAGCAUCAGGACAAUCCACACGCCUAGCUUCACCAGCUACAAGGCGCAGAACGGCAGUGCCAGCAAGUCCACCACGGCCAAGGAGCCAGCCUAAAGGCUACGCGCAGCGCACGUCCACCGAGGCUUUUUGGUCAAAGAGCUGCAGCCAGUAUCUUAACCAGGGAGCGUAACCAGUUUGGUGUUUUGUUUUGUUUUUGCUGUACUGCUGGAGGCUUAAUACUAAUCACGUGCUAAAUACUGAGUUACUACACUAGAGUAGCGUGGAGCUUUUUUUGUAAACCUUUUUUUGUUGCUGUUGUACUGAUAACGGAGCGUUCUCUUCCUAUAGGCAGCACCUCUGACAAACAAAAGUGUGAAGGCGUGUGAGUGAGCUCGAGUGCGUGUGCACAGCGGUGUACUGAGCAUGGGGAAGCGUAUGGUGAAAACUUUAGUAAGUUGUUUUGUAUAAAGCUAUUUUUCAUUAUGGGGACUAGACGUGAACAGAGAUAUACUAAGGUGUGAUUCUACACGACUGUAAAACAAACUAAAAUAUUUUUCUUUUAUUUUGGUGUUAUUUAGCUUUGUUACAGAUUUCUAUUUUUGUCAACAAAUGUCAUGGUUCCUUUCGAGAUCUUUUUGCCAAAACAUUUUGAUACUAUUGUAAUGUACAUUUAAAGUAGUAUGCUGGACAGUAAACCUCUACACCACAAACAGAACAAGACUGCUCUUAGCGUGUACGAGGCAACUCAACCUAUUGCACUGCCAUUCAGAUUAUAUUUAAGAAUUUGCCAAGCCAAGAAAAAAAUAAAUUGUUUUACACAUACAGAGGUAGUUGCUGAUUGGUUUGGUUUGUUUUUUUUCCUUAGCUAAAUCCACCCUUUUCCUUUGGUUUUAUUUUACUGAGACCUGGUAACCCAUUAAUGUAUCGCAUUGUGGAUUUUAAAAUGUACACUUCUGUACUGUUCUGUAUACUGGCAAACUUUUGUACAUAUCUAUAUAUAUAUAAAUAAAUAAAUACUGUAUGUGGCUGGGCACAUAGAGUAGUUUUACCACACCAAAGUUAAUUUUUAUGCAUGCUUUCAAAAUAUAUACGGGGAAGGGGUGAGAAAGAUGGCUACCAGUCAAAUAGGAAAAAAAAGCAACAAGCUUGCAUAGCUCAUGGUUUUGUAAAUAAGUUUAUUUGUAUAACACCAUAAUGUAAUAUACAGAACUAUGAUAAGCAAAGAUCUUUAAAAAAUAAAGGGCUGCAUGCUUAUAUUUUGUAUUUUGUCGCUAGUAACUUUUAGAGUGGUCUCAAGUAGCUAUGUUU